UAUAAAAAUAAUACGAGAAAAUGACAAAACUGGUUUACGUAACUGUAAUUUUACUGCUAUUGGGUGUUGCAAUAAUUCAAACAAAUACUUGUAGGAUUCGCAUAUUUCUGACGAAUCCUGGUCAACGCAUAUGUGAACUCAAGUGCCGGCCACCUGGCCAAAUGCCAGUUACGGAAUGCUACAUAGCGCCACGCGUCUAUCGUGCAGUUGCCUGCCCCAGCCACUGUUGUCGUUUGGAGGGUCUCAGUUGCAGAGAGCGUUAAAUCUGAUUUAUAUGAUUUAUAUAACCGGUCAAUUUAAAAGUCUCCGACCUAUCAUAGAAAAGCACAGUUUAUUUGGCAAAAUUCGUUUUUUUAUUCAACAUAAUUCGCUUCAUUAUAGCCACCCUAGAACUUUUGGAAAUCAUUUUUGUACUACAAUUUGUCUUUUCCUUCAAAAUGGGGCUCAGUUUUGGCGAUCACCCCUUCAUUCGACUAAAAUUGCUUCCUAACGAGUAUUUUUUUAAGAUCGGAGAACAGGAAAUAGUCCCUGACGGGCAGAUUUGAAGAAAUCGUCAGAGUUCAUUGGCUUGGAGAAACACACUUUCGCUUUUCGGUGAAUCCGUCAAUAACGCUAUACGCAUCCCUAAAUAUAAAUAUAUCAAUUAAUUCUAGUAGCGUCUAAGCGUUUAAGGCAGGGGACUUUUCAAGUGCCCAGUAACUUUCCUAAAGAAAUAGUCAGUCAGGUCAGUCCGACUAAAAGUCUGAAGUAACCUGAAUACGAGGGGAUUUAGUUUAUAUGUUUUGAGAAACGAGAAAUUUGUUCAUUUAUGUUUUUAUUCAUUUAGAACGUUAAGUAUAUUUGCAACGAUUGCUGCAGAAAUAUGUUUUUUUUGGUGUACAAUGUAGAAGUUAUUUAUUUAGAUAUAUGGUUUUCAAUGAUG